AUGGACCAAUACAWGGACGAUAAAUAUAAACGAGAGACAACUAUCUUCUAUGGUAGCUGUAAUACUGAUCAACGCCAACUAGGAACGGGUUUUGCGGUACACAAAUAUUUAUUCCCUGUAGUUAAAGAAUUCAAAGAUAUUAACCCUAAAAUAAGCAUGUUUACAAUAGAAGCACAAUGGUUUGAUAUAAGCUACAUGAAUGUACAUGUUCCAAUGGAGGACAAAUCUCAAAAUGAGAAAGAAACGUUUUAUGAACAACUUGAAAGUACGCUGAACUCGAUUUCUAGCAGUAGGAUACAAAUUAUUCUAGGAGAUCUAAAUACCAAAGUUGGGAAAGAAACAAUGUUUAGACAAGUAGCAGAAAAAUACAGUCAACACGAUUGA